UCAGGUCCGCUGAGUGGGCGCGUGGACCUCCGCCCGAUGCGGGCGGCCUCCGGGGGCUGUCCCCAUGCCCUCCACGCCCUCGACGGCCUGUCGGCACCUCCUUCCCUGGAGGAGCGGCCGGGUGGUCGGCUGGCGGCCUCAGGGGCAGGAGCGGACGGAGGACAGGAGGGACGCGGGAGAUGGGACUUGGUUUGCACCCCGCGAGGCCUAGGUUCGCGGCGCUCCGGGGCCGUGUGCCCGCGCGACCUUCCGAGUUAGUCACGUUCGGGUUUGGGCUCCGGCCGGCCCUGCAGCCCAGUGGCCCUCGGACUGAUUCUGAGGGUGAGGUGCGGUGGUGCAUUCCGACCGCUGGGCAUGUGUGCGGCCUUCGAGGGGUCCGGGAGCAUUAAAGAGGGCGGUGGGCUGCGGGUGAGCCCGUCAGCAUCCGGCUGAUCGCCCCCGCAGCGCCUCGGGGUCGUGGCCGCCAGGGGGCGGUGGUCGCGCGCGACUGCGCGCCUUGCCUCUUCCGGGUCUGAUCGCGUCCCUUGGAGUCCCAGAAGGCUUUCCGGGUGUGGGCGAGUAGGAGCGUGGAGUACCUGGAGCCAGAGCAGAGCCCUUUCAGAGCGGCCGGUCGUAGGCCCACACCAUCCCAGCGGGCAGUGACCGGGAGCUUGCUUGGCUUCGGUCCAUCAGGACUUGAAUCUGUGACGCUCACUGAUUCAGAGGGUCACUGGAUAACCAGGAGCAGAAAGGCCAUGCAUAGCCAGAUAGGCUCCAAGACCACACAGACUGUUCUGGGCACCAGGCCCUCGUGAUGUCUCAACCCAGACUUGUCCUAGUGCGGGUCACUGGCACAGGGCCACAGCAGUAGGGGUCUCAGGCUGACCUGUGCAUUUCCUGUCCAGCCAGGGACUUUUCCUUCUGCUCUCUGGUACGUUUCCCCACGGUCCCUGCACUGGUCUCUAUGUCUAUUUAACCUCUCCUCUCUGUCUUCAGUGCCUGCUGUCCGUGCUGGUGCAGGGACUGUCCUUAGGGGCUACCUGAGCAUGAAUACCAGCUGGUUGUGGGCAGUGGAGGGAUGCUGAUUGCAUCUGCUUAGAACAGCAAGAAAGCAGGGUCUGCUGGAAAGGGUUUCAGGGUAGGAGAUGUAAGCCUCGGUCCUCCCACCCACCCCAGACCCUGAGGGGUGGUCCUCCUGACUGCUUCCAGCUGCCCCUCGUUCCUGCUGUGUACUGGGGAAUGAACUGUAUCACCAGACCUUCUUAUUUUUUUGAGACAGAUUCUCACUCAAAUGCCCACACUGUCCCAGGAGAAACUUGUGAUCCAUCCUCUGCCUCAGCCUCCUGAAUAGCUGGGAUUACAGGCAUUAGCCCACCACUCCGGCUUUGGAUGUUGGCUGGGAUGCUCAGUAUGGUGCAGUCUUGCUCUCUAGUCUCUGCACAUGUCUGUUUAUUUCCAUGUGCCGUCACUUGUGUGGUCAUUAUUGUGGAUGAGGCACCUGCUUUGGUCUCAGGAAUCUCAGAGCAUAACUGCUGCCAUCCUGGAGAUCACUGAGGCCUGCCCCUUCCUGGUGGGGGUGAAGGGGUCUAAGCCAUGCCCCCCUAUGCCGUGACCCAAAGUGGACCCUCUCCCAGAGUGAUGAGGGGUGCUCUGAGGUGACUGGACACCCUUCAGCACCUCCUGAUACUGGAAACAGGAGGAAACUGGGCAGAAAGGUACUUGGCCAACUGGGCUCCAAAUGUGGCUACUGAUUAACAGCAUUAGUGCCCCUGUUGGUGGUGCUGGGAAUGGGUGUUCUCUAGUCCAUUCUAGCCCUGGGGAGACAGUUUGGGAGUGGGGUUCCAGCACCCUAAGCUGGAGCAAAGGCAGAGGCUGCUGGGGAGUUGGUGAGCCAGAGUGAAGGCUGCCUAUUGUGUCAAUAGCAGCACAUCUAGACUCUGGCCUCCCUUUCCUAGGUCAACAGUACCGGCUUCCCAUGAGUUUGUCGCCUGGCUUCUUACCCAGCCCAUGGGUCUUGCUCAGCUAGGGCACCCAGGAACAUCCAGGCUGACCAGCCUGGGUCCCCUCUGUUGCUUAGACACCCAAGCAAGAUAAUGAUCCCCAGGAGUCCCACUCUGCAUGGCCCAAGACAGCUGAGGCUCCCUGAGCGAGGCCUGGUGCAGACAGCCUGCCACCUGGGAGUAUCAUGAGAAGGGGCAAGCUCUGAGGACACACCAGACGCUGUUCCUUCUCCAGUUGCCUCUGGAGGGGUGGGUUAUCUGGGUGGCCAGGAGGGAUUGGCACAUAUAACCACCCACCGGGAGAGCUGGGCAGCCAGAACCUCUCUGAACAGACUCCUUGAGCCACUAAGAGAUUUCUACUGUCCAUGCUUGCUGAGGGUGGGGCCAGGCCUGCCUCUUCUCUUGCUGUUGUGGACAGGAGGUGGCUAUGUCCCCUGAUGAGCCUUGAGUGGCCCAGGGACUUUCUGGGACCUCUGUGAGGUGGGGGGGCGGGGCUGUUAUUCUUAGAUCCGGAUAAAGGGUAGGGUUUCAUAUCUGUUUAUGCUCACAGGAGGUACCUUGGGGCCAAGGGUCGGGUGCCCAGCUCAGCACUGACAUUGAGGUCAGCUGGCCAGGAGGGGUCUCAAAUUUCCCUGUCCUGCUGUGUGUGGGGGUGGGGCCAGGGUACUGGAGCACAGUGAUUCUCAGCAAGCCUCGGCUGGUGAGUGGGCUAGCUUGUGCUCAGAAGGGCAGCUCACACCCACAGCUGGCCUGGAUCUUGCAGGCCACACUAGGCAAAGCUGUGCUAUUAAUAUCUGGCACUCAAUCCCUAGCUGGGUGAUCCUCUUAUGACUGUGGCCUUGGCCUCAGAGGCCAGUGGCAAGUGUGUUCCCUCAGCAUAGAGGGGCUCCUGGGGCCCCCAGUGCUGUGCACCUCCCCCUGCAUACAGCAGCUCCACUGCCAGCCAGGGGCCCAGCCCCACCCAGGUCUUUACCUGCUGUGCUGCUCACAAGAGUGGUUCCACUCACAGAGGGCCAGUGCAGGCGGCCAGAAGACCAGUGCUGUUCUGGGCACCACUGUGGUGCUGAGGAGGUGAUGCCUCCCUAAUGCCAGCGCCUAAGCCAUACACACACCAGGAGCACACCCUCUGGGACCUGGUCGGCCAUGAGCAGUCCCCCAGCUUACCCUGGCAUCAGGAUCUCAGGGUGCUGGGCAGAAGGCAGGUGAGUUGCAGAGGAAUCCCUGCUGGUGAGGAGUACCCAGCUUCUCGGUGGUGCUGAUCACUCCAGACUCCUGUGCAGUGCAUCUCUGAGUAGCGGGCAGCGGGCAGGCUGGCAGGCACUCUGGGGAGCUGGGCCAGGCUCAGGCCACAGGGAGUUUCACUUGGGGCUGUGGGUUGUGUGUGUCUCCUCUGGGUCGUGACUCAGUCCUUUGGAUUGAGAAUAAUUUUCCUCGUUGUGGCCAGAAGUACCCUUAUCCAUCUUUGGAUAGGAAAUGAGGUGUUUUGUGCAAAUUUCUCUUUUCAGGGUUACACGUUUUGAGAAAUGGGUGAAUUUUUGCUGCUGGCUCUGGGACAGAGAUUAGCUCUGGGAGGGCCGAGGCUUGGUGCAGAUAGCCUUGUGGCCUUUGUCGCCAGUGAGGCAAGGUGCAUUUCUGGCAAAGUCCCCCCUGGCCUCCUUGCAACUAGGCACUCUGCCCAACAGAAGGGUCUGCAACAGGCUCAGCAGUGAUAGCCUUGGAAAGGAUUUGUGGUGGUGGUGGUGGUCACUUCAGUGGGGUGAGGAAGUCACUGAUAGGAGGACCAAAAGGUCUCCAGGAAGGCCUGCAUAUUGAGAUCCCACAGAGCCUCGAGCACUGGCUGCCUCUGCUCAGUGUCUAUGGGAGUUGGUCCUGGCUUUGUGCAUGGGCGUGCUCGCUGCUGGAAUCCAGGGCAUGGCUGUGGGGCAGCCCUGGGGGAUUCCUGCAGGAGGCCCUACCUCUCACAAAUUGCAUUUUCUGUUAAAGAGUUUCAGUGGAGGUUGAAGGCACAGGGCGAUUCCUUUGGAGUGUGAUGUGGGCAGCCCCAGGGGUGAGCUUCACAAACCUAUUUGUUUACUGUUGGUGGAUUAGUGUGCCCAGGUGAGCAAACUGCUGUCUGCCCUCUGUCCAGGAACCUUAGGAUGUCACUACAAGUCCUGUCUCCCUUUAAGCCAAGAGCUCUUUGGCAAGCCUGACUGGGGGUGCAGACAGCAGCCCCAGGGCACAUCAUGUCCUAGGCUGUGCCCCCCACAUGUGUCCCAUAGCAGUGCUGUGGGCACCUGCUCCCAUGCCAGUGCAUGGUAGAGCAGCACUGUCCCUAGGACCUCUCACCUAGUCACUGGGGUACCUGGCUGUGUUGUUUGUGCUAAGCCUCAGAGCUGCAGGAGCAAGGCUGAGCACCUCUGCCUGGCUAAUUAUUCCCUGGGCUCACUCCUGAGUUCUCCUAACAGUGGUGGUGUAGAAACAGGUGGCCCUGUCUGUCCCCAAGGACAAGCGCAGCGCUCUCCUUGUCAAACACAGAUAGGAAGCUUUCUUGCUGCUAGAGCUGCCAUAGGACCUGUUAGGGAUUAGGCUUUGGCUCCUUUCUUCCGUGGCCUCCAUGCCUGUGCAUGCCAGUGCCCCUGCCCAGCUUGGGUCAUUGCUGGUGCUCUGAGAGGUGGACUACCACUGAGGUGUGCCCUAGCCCUUUCUGUUUGGGGUCUCACUAAGUUGCGCAGGCUGUCCGGGACCUUACAAUCCCCCUGCCUCGACCUCCGGGAACACUGGAAUGACAGGCCUGUGCCACUGUGCCCUGCUCAUAGUUUGGAUUUUGAUAGCAUGGCACAUGUGCUUAUAAAACAUUCAAGAAGAACAGGCAGAAGUCCCUGUUCCAGAUUUUGGUACCCAGAUGGAUCCUGGUUGAAAUUGGCAUGUCUGACAUGUAAGCCUUUUGCUCACAGGCUCCUCACGGGGGUGGGCUGUGACAUGCUAGGCCAAGCCACUAACCCCUCUUGGACAGCCUGAGAGAUGGUGCUAGGGCCACUCUGACCACUUGGUCUCCCCAUUCAGGCAGUGGCCAGGAGGGCCUUCACAGCCUGUGUCUUGUCCCCCACGCCCAGCAUCUUCACACCAGGCUCUGCUUCUCAGGACAAACUGAGCAGUGUCACCGGCCAUGCAUUCACAGGGAGCCUCCACAGAAGAGGUCUCAGGGUUGAGGCCACAGCCAGAAACAGCACCCCUUUUGGGAUACAGGCCAAUGGUGCAGGUGGCAGGGAUCUGAGAGCUGGCCUGGCAUGCGUGAUGUGGCACGGACACAAGCACAGCAGCAAUGCAGGGUCCCUGGACAGGCUCCUCCCCGCCGUGGGCACCGGGCGCUCACCCCGGAAGCGCACCACCAGCCAGUGCAAGUCGGAGCCACCCCUGCUGCGCACCAGCAAGCGCACCAUCUACACGGCAGGGCGGCCACCCUGGUACAAUGAGCAUGGCACCCAGUCCAAGGAGGCCUUUGCCAUCGGCCUGGGAGGUGGCAGUGCCUCAGGGAAGACCACCGUGGCCAGGAUGAUCAUUGAGGCUCUAGAUGUGCCCUGGGUGGUCUUGCUGUCCAUGGACUCCUUCUACAAGGUGCUGACCCAGCAGCAGCAGGAGCAGGCCGCCCACAACGACUUCAACUUUGACCACCCCGACGCCUUCGACUUUGACCUCAUCAUCUCCACCCUCAAGAAGCUGAAGCAGGGCCGGAGCGUCCAAGUGCCCAUCUAUGACUUCACCACCCACAGCCGGAAGAAGGACUGGAAAACACUCUAUGGUGCAAAUGUCAUCAUCUUCGAGGGUAUCAUGGCCUUCGCUGACAAGACGCUGCUGGAGCUCCUGGACAUGAGAAUCUUUGUGGACACGGACUCCGACAUCCGCUUAGUGCGGCGGCUGCGCCGGGACAUCAGUGAACGAGGCCGGGACAUCGAGGGUGUCAUCAAGCAGUACCACAAGUUUGUCAAGCCUGCCUUUGACCAAUACAUCCAGCCCACCAUGCGCCUGGCGGACAUUGUGGUGCCCAGAGGGAGUGGGAACGCGGUGGCCAUUGACCUGAUUGUGCAGCAUGUGCACAGUCAGCUGGAGGAGAGGGAGCUGCGCUGGGAUAUGGCGGCCCUGGCCUCAGCGCACCAGAGCCACCCACUUCCCCAAACGCUGAGCGUCCUCAAGAGCACCCCGCAAGUGCGCGGUAUGCACACCAUCAUCAGGGACAGGGAGACUAGUCGGGACGAGUUCAUCUUCUACUCCAAGAGACUGAUGCGGCUGCUCAUCGAGCAUGCGCUUUCCUUCUUGCCCUUCCAGGACUGUGUGGUGCAGACCCCACAGGGGCAGGACUACGCAGGCAAGUGCUAUGCUGGAAAGCAGAUCACUGGAGUAUCCAUCCUGCGUGCUGGGGAGACCAUGGAGCCCGCUCUGCGCGCUGUGUGCAAAGACGUGCGCAUCGGCACCAUCCUCAUCCAGACCAACCAGCUCACGGGGGAGCCCGAGCUCCACUAUCUUCGGCUGCCCAAGGACAUCAGUGACGACCACGUGAUCCUGAUGGACUGUACGGUGUCUACUGGCGCAGCGGCCAUGAUGGCCAUCCGUGUCCUCCUGGACCACGAUGUGCCCGAGGACAAGAUCUUCUUGCUGUCACUGCUGAUGGCAGAGAUGGGUGUCCACUCCGUGGCCUAUGCUUUCCCACGAGUGAGAAUCAUCACCACAGCUGUGGACAAGCGGGUCAAUGACCUUUUCCGCAUCAUCCCAGGCAUAGGGAACUUUGGGGAUCGCUACUUUGGGACAGACGCAGUCCCUGAUGGCAGCGACGAGGAAGAGGUGGCUUCCACCGGUUAGCUGCCCGGGCUGACCCACCCUGUCCCCACCCAACCUCCUCCUGCCUCCUGGUGUGGGUAGGAGGAGGUUAAUUUAAUUUCAAAAAAUGAUACCAAUAAAAACCAUCUACACA